CCGAACAAAAUCGUCUCAACAGCCAAAGAGCCAAGCCUCCCCUGUUCCCAUUGAACCAACACCCCACUCGCCGGAGGUAGCUAGCAAGUGAUAGGCAGGAGCCGAGCGAGUCCGUCAGUCAAUGUCCGAUGAAGAUCCUUGGCUUGCCAGGGACAAACUCUACCAUUUCGUCUUCUGUCUAUUCCUCGCCCUCUUCUUCUCCAAACUCGCCUCCGUAACUCCCUACUCGUUUCUCCGCCGCCACUCGAUUUGGGUCGGUUCCAUUCUUUCCCUCCUGGCUGGCGCCGCCAAAGAGGCUGCCGAUCACCUCGGAAUCUUCCCUUCCUCCGGUGCCUCCGCCAAGGACGCUGUUGCCGAUCUAAUUGGUGUGUUAGUCGCCGCCGUCGCUCUCUCGAUCUGUCGAAGCCCAGUAGCAUCCGACCCCCCUUCGGGUCCGACCCGACGAGCUCUCCCUGUUUAGUCCCGACUUCUCCAGCUCAAGAAAAUGUGGGGCUCGCGUCUCCAGAAUCAGAAGCAAUUAGUUGCUGGAGUGUAGUUUACAGUGUGGAGGAGAAAGUUUGUACCUUUUUCGUUUUCAACAGAAAAUGGGAGUUAUGAGUUCUGGAUCUUGAGCAAUGAAAUUGCGGCAGCAAGAGGAUAUGGUAAGGUCAGUUCUCUCUCAGUUCCCACUCUACUAGUGAGUAUUAGGAUCAUGGAGCUGAUAUAGGAUAGGGUUUCUUGUUUGGUCAAACACAAUUUCCAUAUCAAUUGUUUUAGGAGUUCGAAUGAAUCAGGCAAUGAACUGCAUUUGACACUAUCAGUAGCUAAAUCCUUUGAUGUAAUCAAUCUUUCACCUUUUUCGAACAAUCUCCCGUAACAGUGGAGCUGAGUGAGUCUUCAGUGAUUCUGGCCCAACUUUGUAGAGGUGUUUUCCCGGGGUUAGCUCUCUGAUUCUUCUGUUGAAUCUGAUUGUCAAGUUACCUGCUGUCAAAUGUAGUGCUCAUAGCAGGAACUCUGCUUGGUUAUUUUUGCUAAAUGGCUGAUCCCGUUCUGUGAUUCUGAAGCAGUUUGUGAAGUGUCAGAUGAAUUCCUAAGAUACAUAUUGAGGUUUAGUAUAGCUUAGGGCUGGUAAACGGUAUUGCCGUUAACGGUAUAGCCGAUAACCGUACCGAUAACCGCUGUUACCGGCUAAACCGUUAACCGUAUGAAACGGUAUUCGGAUGUGGGAAUGGGGGAAGCGGUAUACCGACAUGGCUUCGGUAAUUUACCAUCAGGACUUCGGUAAUCCGAUACCGAAUAUGAAAGGCUAGCCCAGCAAACGUCGCCCCAAGCCCACAAGGCUCCAAGUCUCCCCAGCUAAGUAAUUAACCUAGGUACUAGUAAUUAGUAAUUAAUUGAUAGUCUAUUAUCUAUUUGCAUAGCUCCCUGCCUGCCGCACGACAAUUCACGCCGCCCGAUUCUUCCCCACUCUUCGAAUCCAAAUGCCGGCCGACCGAAACCUAGAGAAUCUUCGUCCUCUCCAUCGCCGAAGCACGCUCGAGCCACGAGCCACAACCCAGCAGCCCAGUACGGUACCUCGGGCUCUGUUCCCGUCGACCCCGUUGCCGCCGGAGCUUAAUCACUCGACCCAGCAGCCCAGCAGUUCAGUUCGUCCUCUCCAUCAAUUGCAUGUAAUGAAAUUUGAUUUGUAAUUUGUUAAUUGUUUCACUGUAUGUGUUUCGGUGUUAAUUGUUAUCGCCGAGCAUAGGAGAGCAGCCGUGUCUGUGUUGCAGGCUUGCAGCCGAGCAGAGGAGCAAUGGCCAAUGUGUUAUUAUUUAUAACUUGACAAAUCAAAAUUUAUUAAUCUGUUGUGGUUUGCGUUUCGCUUUUGCAGCGUGUUAAUGGAGCCACGAAUGGCCAAAUGGACGCAUUAAUUGAUUAAUGGAGGCAUGGAAGAUGGAACAGCAAGAAAGAAAGCUUGUAGCCUUUCACGGUUUCACCAAUCACCAUUCACCACCAAAGCACCAACCACCAAUUGACUCUCACUCAACACAAAGAUAAUGAUUUAAUGGAGCAGAAAAUCCCCAGUCCCCUCCCCACCCUUCCUGCACACCGUCACAGACUCACAACCUUCUGAUGCAGAAUUUAUUGACGGACAAAUGAAGCAGAGUGGGAUCGCAGACAAAGUUCAUCCUCGCCGUUUGCGGUAAAACGGGUAACCGACACAAUACCGGUACCGUCCCGUUCCGGUAACGGUUUACCGAAACUAUUUUGGUAUCGGCAAACGGUGGCGGGGUGAUGAUGUUCGGUAUACCGGUAACCGGUCAAACGGUAAUCGGUUUAACCGGUUACCGACCGUUUACCAGCCCUAGUAUAGCUGCACCACUUGUGCUUGCUUGUGUUUGUUAAAGAGGUGAUUGAAGACUUGCAAUAGGUCUGAAUUUGCUGUCUGUCUAGGCUAUUGAAUGCAGAAACAUCGAAUUCGCCGGUGGAUCUUCGUCCAACAUAACUAUACACAAUGCAUAAAAGAAUUAUUCAUUG